UCAUCCGUUUGGCACACUCUCUUCCUUUAUUGCUUUCUUUUUGCGGAACUCCUCCUCUCUCAAUUGAAUCGCUAUUAUUCAUCUUCGUCUUCGCCGUUUGCCUGAUCUCUCUCUGAUUGGUUUUUUAAGCCUUACUGUUGUUGGAUGCAGGACGAUGAAAACAAAAAAUGUCUAGGCUAAACAAAGACAUUGAUUCAGCAUUUCACGGUGUUGGAACUAAAAGUGGCUUGGAGAUUUGGUGCAUAUAUAAUAAUCAGCUUAUUUCUAUAUCCAAGUCUUCUUUUGGAAAAUUUCACUCUGGAAAUGCAUAUCUUGUUCUCAGAACGUUUUUGCGGAAGAUCGAAUCUCCCCAGUAUGAUAUUCACUAUUGGCUAGGAAAUGAUGCAAAUGAGGUGGAUUUAGUUUUGGCAUCAGACAAAGCAUUAGAGUUAGAUGCAGCACUUGGAUGUUGUACGGUGCAAUACCGUGAAGUUCAAGGUCAAGAGACUGAGAAGUUUCUCUCUUACUUCAAACCUUGUAUUAUACCUGUUGAAGGCAAGUUUUCACCAAAAACUGGAUUGGUUGGCGAGACAUACCAAGUUAUUUUGCUAAGGUGCAAGGGAGAUCAUGUUGUUCGUGUUAAAGAGGUGCCUUUUCUUCGGUCAUCACUGAACCAUGAUGAUGUGUUCAUUCUUGAUACUGCAUCAAAAGUUUUUCUCUUUGCUGGUUGCAACUCAAGCACUCAGGAAAAAGCUAAAGCCCUGGAGGUUGUGGAGUAUAUAAAGGAUAACAAGCAUGACGGAAGAUGUGAGGUGGCGACAAUCGAGGAUGGAAAAUUUUCAGGUGAUUCAGAUUCUGGUGAAUUCUGGUCUUUCUUUGGUGGUUAUGCUCCCAUUCCCAAGCUUUCAUCUUCAACCACCCAAGAACAGACGCAGACUACAUGUGCAGAAUUGUUCUGGAUAGAUACUAAGGGAAAUCUACAUCCAACUGGAACAAGUUCUUUGGACAAGGACAUGCUUGAAAAAAACAAAUGCUACAUGCUGGACUGUUACAGUGAAGUAUUUGUUUGGAUGGGAAGAGCCACGUCACUUACAGAAAGAAAGACAUCCAUUUCAUCCUCAGAAGAAUUUCUACGAAAGGAGGGACGCUGGACAACCACAAGUUUAGUACUUCUAACGGAAGGACUAGAAAAUGCCAGAUUCAGGUCAUUUUUUAGUAAGUGGCCUCAGACCGUAGAGUCUAGCCUUUACAAUGAAGGUCGAGAAAAAGUGGCAGCGAUGUUCAAACAAAAAGGAUAUGACGUUGAUGAGCUUCCUGAUGAAGAAGAUGAACCUCUCUACACAAACUGCCGAGACACCCUCAAGGUUUGGCGUGUAGAUGGUGAUGAGGUCUCUAUUCUCUCCAUUCCUGACCAGACAAAGCUAUUCAGCGGCGAUUGUUAUAUUGUCCAGUAUAAAUAUACUUAUAAUGAAAGAACCGAACAUCUUUUAUAUGUAUGGAUCGGUUGUGAAAGCAUACAGCAAGAUAGAGCUGAUGCCAUAACCAAUGCAAGUGCCAUUGUUGGUUCAACCAAGGGUGAAUCUGUACUGUGUCAUAUAUAUCAGGGAGACGAACCUUCUCGUUUUUUUCCAAUGUUCCAGUCGCUGGUUGUUUUUAAAGGCGGUUUGAGUAGACGGUACAAAAUGUUUCUAGCAGAGAAGGAAAACGAAAUGGAAGAAUAUAAUGAGAACAAGGCUUCUCUUUUCCGUGUUGAAGGAACAAGCCCAAGGAACAUGCAAGCAAUCCAAGUUAAUCUAGCAGCAACCUCCUUGAACUCAUCCUACUCGUACAUUUUACAAUAUGGAGCUUCUGCCUUCACAUGGAUUGGAAAACUUUCAUCAGACUCUGAUCAUGAUGUUCUUGACAGAAUGCUAUAUUUCCUUGAUACAUCUUGUCAACCUAUAUACAUCAGGGAAGGAAAUGAACCAGACACAUUUUGGGAUUUGCUUGGUGGUAAGUCAGAGUACCCAAAAGAAAGGGAAAUGAGGAAACAAAUAGAAGAACCACAUUUAUUUACAUGUUCCUGCAGUUCAGGUAAUGAUGUACUCAAGGUGAAAGAAAUAUACAAUUUCGUGCAAGACGAUUUAACCACUGAAGAUGUAUUACUGUUGGACUGCCAAAGUGAAGUAUAUGUUUGGAUUGGAUUAAACUCAAACAUAAAGUCCAAGCAAGAAGCUCUUACUCUUGGUCUGAAAUUCCUAGAGAUGGAUAUUCUGGAAGAAGGUCUAACCGUGAGGACUCCUCUAUAUGUUGUCACAGAAGGCCACGAGCCACCAUUCUUCACCCGUUUCUUUGAGUGGGUUCCUGAAAAGGCAAACAUGCAUGGUAAUUCAUUUGAAAGGAAACUUGCUAGUCUGAAAGGAAAGAAGACAAGCACUAAGAGAUCUAGUGGAAGCCAGUGGAGACCACAGUCGAAGGAUAAUGCAUCACGUGAUUUACAAAGUCGAUCUGUGAGCUCAAACGGAUCGGAGCGAGGAGUAUCACCUUGCUCCAGCGAAAAGCUUUCGAGAUUGAGCUCUACAGAAGACAUGACUAGCAGCAGCAACUCAACUUCAGUUGUCAAAAAGCUUUUCUCAGAAUCUCUUUUAGUGGAUCCUAGUGAUGGAUUGGCGAGACAAGAGUCAAGCUCCAAGUCGGACAUUUCUAAUCAAAAUCCAGUCGGUGGAAUCAAUCGCGAUCUUAGUAGUCUAGAGUCGCUUACAUAUUCAUAUAAACAGCUCAGAGUUGAUUCUCAGGAGCCAGUGUCAAAUAUAGAUGCAACAAGAAGAGAGGCGUACUUAACAGAGAAAGAGUUUGAAGAGAGAUUUGGAAUGGCGAAAUCUGAGUUCUAUGCACUUCCAAAAUGGAAACAGAAUAAACUUAAAAUAUCUCUUCAUCUUUUCUAAAAAUCUCACUACCCUAGAGUAAUAUAUUUGGAACAAUUCAAAGCUAUUUUUUUUUGGGUUUUACCAAAUGUAAAAACUGUAAUGUUCUUGUUCAUUGCAAUGACCUCGUGAUAUAAGUUUGAGGCUAGUAGCUUGUUACAAAA